AUGGAUACCUGGUCCUCAAAUGUAGAAGACGAUUCGACUGUCGGUACUGUAUCGCUUGGUAUGGUGGUUAUUGAUGAGAUCCACCUGCCAAAACGAUCGCCUUUGAUUGACGUAGCGGGCGGCUCCGGAGCUUACGCAACGCUGGGGAGCCGCCUGUUCAAGACCCCUGCGCUAUCGAAGACGGUGGGCUGUCUGGCUCUUGUGGGCGACGACUUUCCCGAUGCUGUGCGAGAGCAGCUACAGGCCUGGCGGACCACUCUGCACGCAAACGUCUCGCAGGACAGACUGAGCACCAGAGGGCUUCUUGAGUACGAAGAUGAUACCUUUGGACGUAUGUGA